AUUACACAAUAACAGUAUGGUUAUUACACAAUAACUGUAUACACCGGAAUAUUUCUUGCGUUGAAGUUCAGCAGAUCAGAAUGGCUACAAUAGAUAUAUUUGUAUAUCUUGUUUUUUGUGGCCUUGUAACCGGAGGUUAUCAUGUGAAUAACGAUAACAUUUUUAAAGUGUUGGAGAAAAUUGGAACGACUGUCAGUAGAGAAACUUGUACCAGUUUAUCACCAGAUGAAGAGUUAGAUAUUGCCGUAGAUUUUUCUAAGUGGGAAGAAUAUGCUGAUUUAGCUAUCUUUAAUUCAAACUACUUGUCUGCACAGAUCCAGAAACACGGAGGUUCACUAGAAACGUUUCAUGAAUCUUUAUGUCACGACUUAGUAACAAAUUUAGUGGUAACAGCUAAACCCGAAAUACUUAGCGGAGUUGUCGAAUUUGCACCGGGUGUGUUUAAAAAUUAUGAACUGUUUGCAGCUUUUGCCGUAAAUACUAAUGGAACUGUGGAGUCUCUAGAGUUAGGAAAUUUCUAUAAUUACACAAACGAUAGCCUGGUCAACGAAUGGUACAGUGUUCUUAGAGACAGAAAUUAUGAGAAUGUGGCAAUAGACCGCACUAAAACAACUUUCAGAAAUGGAACCAUUAUAGAGGCAGACCUUUUGGUCGCCCGUAGAGAUGAUGGUCAUAUAACUAAGCCAUACUAUGAUUGCGGAGGAGGUCACGUCUGGAUGUUUACAUACUCAUCUCCAAUCUUAGGCAGAAAUACUGACGGGUCACCCAAAUUUAAAGGAGUAGCUACGAUAGAUAUAGAGCUUACAGAUAAAGACAUCAACCAAUGUGACCUUGAAUAUGAAGAUGACACUGUUGAUUUAUUCUUUAAUGUAUUUAGAGGAACUCAUAAAUGUCCAAUAGAAACCACGUGUCAUUUCCGUCCGGGAUUAGGAUUCAAAGUAGGUGGCUAUUUCUGUAUCUGCAAUGAAGGAUUUUAUUAUCAAGGAGUGUACAGUGGCUUCAGUGGAGAAGAAGUGGAGAAAGCCUCGGACUUGUCAAGUUUUAGAUGUGAAAUGAAACACCAUGGCUACAGAUCAUCAUUCGGCUCUGAUUCUCAUGACCGUCAAUCUGGAAGAUAUUUCCCAUUGAAUUCCGCUGAUUCAGAUGUGUAUUAUACAAAUCCUUCUAUGGAGUGAGAAAAAUAUGUGAUCUUUUGAGCUGAACCGUUUAAAAAUAAACAUCGUCUAAUUUUCCCGACCUUCAAUAAAA